UGGAUAUCACCUACAUAAUACUGUUCAAUUAUACAUGUAGGUCGAUUUUCAGACAACACUGACGUUUAUGUUUUUUUUUUCAGUUACCAAAGGGAAGUAAAACAUCGUUUUAGGAACUGAGUACAAUUUUUUUUAUAUGUAUUGAUUAAUCUUCGUCUGAGUUUCAGUAUCAAGUGAGUUGUCAGGUCAGAAUCUGAAUUCAGUGAUGUAGAGACUGUUAACAUUUUCAGUGAUGUAGAGACUGUUAACAUUUUCAUCUUCUCCAGAACCAUCGGGAUUAUAUCAAUCGGAAUAGAAGACUUAAAAAUGAAUCGAUUCAAAUUUCAUUUGACCGUGGGUGUAAUCGUUGUUUGCAGCUAUCUUUACUUUUUUAACCACAAAGAAAAUAAUGAAAAUGUUUUCAUGGAUUAUAUACCCCUUCACGAGAUAAAUGCAAGCAAUCUGCGAAAUAAGGAAUUUAUUCAAUGUCCUGAAAGAAGACAGAAGUUAGUGAAAUCCAUUUACACUUUUAAAGAAAAUAAAUGGAUUAAAAAUUUUGAUGUGUGUGCUGCAUGUUUUAAAUUUCCAAAAGCCUUCCUGAAAACUGAGUUUGGAAUCACGCCGAUAUUUGUGUAUGAAAGAUCAAAAGAUAUGUGGGUUUCGUCUUCCUUAAAAGAAAGAGGUUCUUUCGAAUCUGAAAAAUCUAGUAUAAUCUUUAAAAUGAUGAAAGAGGACCCAUUAUUACAACUAAUUGACAUCGGUGCCAAUAUUGGUGUGUACACACUAAGUGUAGCUAAAGCUGGGAGAAAGGUGUUAGCUGUUGAAGCUUUGGAUCGCAAUAUUCAACAUAUCUGUGCAUCAGCAAUGAAGGGUAAUCUUCACAAAAAUAUCAUUUUAGUUCAUAAUGCUAUAUCAAAUGAACACGCCAUAGUCAAUCUUGGUGUUGAAAGAAAUAAUAUGGGAGGAACAUUCGUUGAUGUCGAUGCAGAUUAUAUAAAAAAAUUAAAACUUGGUCGUGCAAAAGGAAUAUAUGGGAAAGUGAAUACCAUAACAAUGGAUGACUUAUUAGACCUGCCAGAAAUAAAGUAUUUUCAAAAUGUUAUAUUGAAAAUGGACAUUGAAGGAUUUGAAGCCAAAGCCCUGGAAAAAUCAUCAAAGUUUUUUUCUAAUAUAAAUGUUGUUGCAUUUAUCAUGGAAUGGGAGUUUCACAGAGGACAAAAAACAGCAAACAAAAUAAUCGAAUAUAUGACAAGUAGAAAAUUUAAGCCACAUUCUGUCAACCUUUCCGUGAUUCCAUUGGACGUUGCAAAAAAUGCAAGUUGGGGAUUUGAUGUGCUCUGGUUGCCGAAUUGA